AUGAAUUUUCUUCCAGCAGAAGUUCAACUUGAUAUAUUUAAAUAUCUUGAUUCAGAUCAAUUACUAUCUUUUCAACAAACAAAUCUUUACUUCAAAAGCUUUAUUAACAAAUAUAAGGAAGAAUUGGCACGGAAGAAAUUUUGUUUUAUUGAAAUUCGUUAUAUUAAUGAGAACUAUUUAAAUGAUUAUAUCUUCUUUAAACCAGAACCCAAACUUUAUGACAUUCAAUUGAUGGAAAUAUGCAAUAGAAGAAUCUUUUCCAACAUUUUUAAGUACUACUGAAGCACAAUUAACGAUAGCUGCCCUUGUUGUGGAACCAACAUAUAGUAAUAAAUAUGACAAAAUA